CCGACGUGCGUGUGGAUCGUCAAUUCAAUCCAAACAGUAUUCAGAUAGGGGGAGCAGUCCACAAUGCGAGACGAGCGGGACGCAUUCAUGCUCUGAACUCGGGCUAUCGAUUGUGUACAUGUUGUCAUGGUGCCUUACUUCUUUAACUGAGAAACAAGACAUGGCAUUGUAGAGUGUUGAUAAAAUGCUUGGGAUGGGUUAUGUCUGGUGGACAUGUGCUCAGGACGUUGAUAACCUUCUCAACUGACGACUUUUCAUGAAAGAACACGCACAGGUAGCACGACACUAUGGGCAGUUCAAGCAGCGCUGCAAGGAAGCCAAACAGUGUUACCCACAAAGACCAGCCAGUUUCCACCCAACGUCCAAGACAUGGGACGGAAAACAUUGAAUCAACCGCUGGCGCUGGCAAGACACAGACCAUGGAUCUACUUCUUCCAGCAAAUAACGAGGACGACGUCAAAACGGCCCAAGACUUACAGAGAGACCACCCCGAGCUGUUCUAUGUGUUUGAAGAAAUGCACUCACUUAUUGAGAAACUAGAGGAGAAUCAAAAGUCAACAUGGCAGUGGCUUGAUCUCCAGGAAAGUAUCGAAUCCAGCAUGGAAGCUUCUUAUUUUAAGCAUUAUAAAAAGAAGCGGGUCUUGGGGAGGUACAUGGCCCUGCUGAGAGCUGCUGGUUCAUUUGCCGAGGCAUAUGGAGAUGCGUUAGAGGAGGCGGGUUUGACAGCAUUCACUGCCAGAACUGUUGAAUCUCACCAAGCAGAUGCCCCUCUCGGGUUCCUCGUCAUGCUGAGAUCAGUGCUACUCAACUAUACUGAUUCUAGUUUAUAUUUCUGUGAAAAACUCGCUGACACUGGUAUCUUCAAAUAUUUCGUUGAAGAUCUAAAGGAAUCCCGUACACAUCUGGAAGACUUCGAUGAUGUGCCCGACGACUGUUUCGUCGGUUCUAUCGGAGUGCUGUACAACUCGGCACGUAAUCCUGCCAUCAGACAGACAAUAAGGAAACUGGACACCGUGUCUGUUCUCUUGCCAUUCCUUAAAUCCAAAUCUGAAAAGGUACGUCUGUUGGUUCUGCUGUCUCUCGCUAACAUGCUGGAUGAAGACCAAAACGACCUUCUGCUUGCCGAUGAUUCCGUGUUUGACUUCAUUUUGUUUAUAUUGGAGCGAGCCUGGAAGUAUCAAAGUCAUCGGUUUGAUGGCUUCAGUGUUGAAGAAGUGAUAGAUGGAAUGACAGGGUUGGCCAAGAAUGAUUCCAAUAAGACUCUACUUGUGAAGAAGGGCGUGUUGCCGAGGUUGAUGAAUGUGUUGAGGGACAGUAGCAGCGAUGAGGAGAUUGAGAAGGCAGUCAAGUGUGUUUGGGAACUGGCUUUUGACGAAGAGAACAGAAAAGAUUUUAAUAAAAACAAAGAGCUAAUGGAUUUACUGAAGCAGCGAAAGACUUCCUCGGAUAACGCUGUUGCUAAAGCCUCAGAAGGAGCUCUCUGGGUCCUACAGAUGAAGACGAAAGACGAAAACAAGAAGAGUAACAAAGAACAACAAGUGGACAUAUCCGGUCACGUGAUGAUCAGUUACCAGUGGGGCGACCAGAAGACUCUACUUCAGGUGAAGGAACUACUGAAGGCUGACGGCUAUAAGCUCUGGAUGGAUGUGGACAACAUGGGGGGCUCCACGCUACAGGCGAUGGCGGAGGCCGUGCAGAAUGCGUCUGUGGUGUUGGUGUGCAUGUCGGAGAGGUACAAAGAGAGCCAAAAUUGUAGAUCAGAGGCAGAGUACGCAUUCUCGCUACAGAAGACUAUCAUCCCCUUACUGAUGCAGAGGGAGUACAAGCCAGAUGGUUGGUUGGGGAUGAUAAAAGGAACCAAACUCUUCUUCGACUUCAGUGGAAAAUAUGACUUUAAUAAGAAGUUGAUAGAGCUGAGCAGAGAAUUAGGAGAAAAGGGCAAAGGGCUUAAAGCUGAUGUUGUUGACGGUGAGGUGAGGACGUCCGCUGCCGUUCUGAAGGCCGCACCCGUGGACGCAGCAAGGGGACCCGCCACUGCCACGUGGUCCAACAAGGACGUGCACAACUGGCUUGUGAAGUCCGGCUUCAGCAGGCAUUCCUCGCUGAAGGAUCUAUCCGGUGAAGAUUUGGUGUUCCUUAAGAAGCUUUCUUAUAAGGCACCGGAGUUCUUCUACACCUAUGUCAAGGGUGAUCUUCACUUGAACGACCUCAGAGACAUCAGGCGGUUCAGCGAAGCAGUCGAACGUCUUAACUGAUUACGCCGAUGUCUUGCAGAUGUUCACCACUUGUUACCGAUGUGGUGCACGUCUAUCGUAAGACUCAAACAGAUGUCAUUAUUAAUCAUGUACCUGGAAAAAGGUUAAGCACACCUCCUACGUUUGCUUUUAUUCGGAACAUUGUUUGGAAAUAUGUAAUGCCAAUGGCCUCGGUUUGGUGAAUGUAUAAGAUACCAUCGACACCUGAUGAAAAAGUAAGACCGCUGUAUGUUCUUACAGGCCCUAUAAUCUUGGACGCGACGUUAAACCCCAUUUCACCUCACCUCACCUACCGCCUCCGUGGUCUAGUGGUUGAGCG